UUAUGCCAGAAUGUAAAGUUUGAAAUAGUAUACUUACAGUUAAUAGUAGCGCCGUAAACAACUUGAAAAUUAGACUGAGUAGGCUAGGAUUACGACAACCGAGGGCGUUUCAUGUAUGUUUUAGUUUGGGAAACGACUAGUUAUUGAACAUCUAAUCGUGCCAUGUAACGUCGCAGGGGCUGGCACUGAUAUGUGGCCACUGCGUAGUAGUGAGGUCAGCAAGAUGCGGUGCUCACGGACUACAGAUGGGGCGAGUUGGCGGAGGGAACAUGCAGUUAGCCAGGAUGUUAUGCAGAAUCAUCACCAACACUCCGGGGAUAUGUGAUGCUUAAUUGUUGUGAACGAAUAGAUUAAUAACGUUCAAACUGGAUUCCCUGAAGGUUUAUUUUGAGAUUCUGUGCAUAGUUUCUUGCUGCUCUCUUGGCCAAGUAGGCACUUGACUUGAUCUGGUUGGAUUUAUGCACUCCAGCUUUCGGAUAUCCUUGGAGCACGAAUAUUGUGAAUAUAUGAUGAAGUUUAAACCCAACCAGACGAGGAUUUAUGAUGGCGAAGGUUUCAAGAGGCGAGCGGCAUGUUUAUGUUUCAAGAAUGAAAAAGAGGACGAGGUGUUGCUGGUGAGCAGCAGUCGGCACCCAGACCAGUGGAUCGUCCCAGGAGGAGGGAUGGAGCCUGAGGAGGAGCCGUGUGGAGCUGCAGUCAGAGAGGUGUAUGAAGAGGCUGGUGUAAAGGGAAAGCUUGGCAGGUUACUGGGGGUUUUCGAGCACAACCAGGACAGGAAACACAGGACGUACGUCUAUGUCCUGACUGUGACAGAGACCUUGGAGGACUGGGAGGAUUCUGUCAACAUCGGUAGGAAACGGAAGUGGUUCAAGAUCGACGAGGCUAUCCAGGUGUUGCAGGGCCACAAGCCUGUCCAUGCUGAGUACCUGCGCCGACUCACAGCCACCUGUAUCCCCACCUGCAGCUCCACCUGUUGCAACCCCACCAACGGCAACACCUGGGUCUCCCCCCUGACGGACGACAACGCCCCUAACUACGUCACCUCCACACAGGGGACAGAUAGGGGACCUCCCUUGGUCAACAGAUAGGAAAGACAUCGCAAUCAGAGGAACCAGCAUCAUAAGAGGACCUAGCCUAGGUGCCAGUCUGUUUCUGCCAUCUUGCCAACUCCUUGUGUGUCAUGUUUGGCUUGACAAUGACCAUGAUGGAGUUGUCAAGAGCUCAAACUGAUCUGGGACCAAGCUAAGUAGGACUCAAGAGGACUCUAGAGAGGACGUACCCAGAACAUGCUUUUUGUAUGGAUUAGUUUCUGUGUUGACUCUUAAUAUGUACAGUAUGAACUUUCUAAAGUUAAAAGGAAUUCAUUAUUUUAUUAGGGGGCUUGAAGAGUGCGAAAAUGUAUCAAAUGGAUAUUCAGUAUUUUUCUUUGUAUAUUGUUUUUAUCGACUGUCACCAGCCAAAUAAAGAUAUAUAUUAUUAAUAAACACUGGUCCUUAAAGCUAAUCUCUGUUAACGGGAUCCAUUAGUCAUCAGCUUUCUAUCAUCAGAAUGACGUCAACCUCAAUGUGAGAGGUCCUUUGUUUCAAGUUAUUCUUACAAGUUAGUCUUACAUUUUGAUUCCGUAAAGUCAUAGUCUACUACGUUCAUUGGUCAGUGCAGCCCUUUGGUGAACUGCUUUCUGCUUGAAGUAGCUCUGGUAGGCCAAUAGAAGGUAGUGUUAGCUCUAGAAAGGCUCAUGUCCUUUAUGCCAAAACCCCAAUAACUUUAACUCUUCACUGCCAAAGUACAUUAAAUAGAGAUAUCUCUUGUUGAACAAGUAAAUAACUUAUUUGGGAAAAUGUCUAAACCACUAGACAGAAAGUGAUAUCAAACUUUUAUUUGCCCAUUUUGAUUGUUGUCCUACCGUUUAUUAUUGUAUAGUAAUAAGUAGCACCAUUUCAAUGUCCUUACGAGCUGUUUUCUAGUUUACAUAGUGAGUUUGAGCUUGGUAUAUUUGGAAAGAAGACAUCUGGGAGAUUAUGAGGAAAUGAUCAGAAGAUAGAUAGGAGUUACAUAGUUCAGAAUACACAAGCUCAAGCACACACAAAAUAACGGUUUUUUUGUUUUUUAUUUUGAAAGUAAUCUUUCAUUGACAAGCUAUAAGUGAGUUAUUGAUGACUAGAGCUGGAAACAUCAGAUGGCUUCCACAGCAUGUGAACAAUAUCCAAAAAAAAAGGGAUUGAUAGACCUAACAACUAGAAAUGGGCAGAUGUUUUAGUAAGUGGUGUCAGGUGUGGUCAUGGGACGUUUCCAAGUGUCCCUAAACCUCUCCAAAGUGGCAUAUGUCUGUAUAUUAGAUAAUUCCAGUACUAUUACAUAUUUGCAAUCCCUAAAUGCUAUUUGUUCAGUAUAAAAACACAAUUUAUACAACACCAACCUCUCUCAAACAUUGUGGUGGUGUCAGGGGACAUACAGGGGAUAUCAAAGUGUUUUUUCAACCUAGUCACUCGGUGGACAUUCGAUGUUGCCAUUAAGUCAUACAUCAUCAGAUAACAUUGGCAAUAGGCUAGAUUUGUUCCUACCAACCUAAGGAUUAAUUUGAUAUCCCCCAUGUAGCUAUAGCUCAAACACAGACCAAAUCGAAGCUUGCCUUGUAAGAUGUUUGCUGUUUGGUGAAAACGUUGUGUAAAAUAAACAUUUUGACUCUCGGGCUGGUGAUCAAUAAGAGUAGGUCACAGGCAAACAAAUAAGAUAUCCCCAUGCUCUGUGGAGUCCCGGCUUUCAGUGUGUUUUAAAUGUAUUCCAUGUUUAUUUAUUUUAUGCUUCACAACGCUAACCGGAAUGUAGGUAGCAGCCAUCUUGAAAUGAGGUCAUCGGCUCGGCCUGCCCUUAUAAAUUCGUAUGCCCAUAUUUGUUAGUAAGUCACCAAAGAUUUGAAGGCACCGAUCAAUAGUCAAGAUACUCGGCUUUCCGCAGACCCUGCUUUUUUACAUAUAGGGGCUACCUAUAUGAAUUGACUGAAUUGAAUAAAAACAAUCAAAUAGGGUCCCCAAAUAUGGGGACUUUAUAUUUAAGAGGUUUUAACAAAUGUGUUUUGAGUGGGAAAAUGUUUUAAGUGGGAACAUUUUCCAAGUUACAUUGAUAUUUUUCUGGGAUGGCUAUAAUAUAACUUACAGGGAUUUUUUUGUUGUGUGGGCCUGCAUGAUUGACUAGUGAAAGCAUGAAGGCCUGUGACUGACAUGUCUUUCAAACGGAACACAGAACAGAGAGAAUGUAAUGCGUGGAUCAGUUAUAUCUGAAGCUGGGAAUGUGAAGUCCUAUCAAGUGCCUUAACAGCCAUAUUAACCUGUGUAAUGUGUGUCAAAUUCAUAAGAUUUGAAUGUGGGCACUGGGAGGGAAAACAGAUCAUUUUAGCACAGAUACUUUUGCUAGCCUGGUGAAACUAGCCUGAUUGUGCGAUAGCUCACAUUUUGUUUCACUUGACAAUUGAAAAGAAACUAAACGUGAGUGCGUCGGUCAGUCUGCUUGACCAGGCUAUAUUUUUGCUGGAGGAGAAACAGAUUGUUAUAGAAAGGUUUGAGAGGGCUUGUGCCUUGAGCUGAUCAUCAAGGAGACUAUGAUGCUUUUGCAUUGUAUUUAGAAUGUAUGUGAAGAUGUAAUAUAUGCUUAGCAAGUGUUGCCAAAACGACUCCAUUUUGUUAAUGGUUUGAUUUUUGAUAUGUACAUUAUUAUUGAAAAAUAUUAUUUGUUUUUCAAGGGGACUCUUCCCUCCUAUAUUAUUAGAAUUUGGAGGAAUUAAACAGGACAGAGCAUAAACAAGAACAUAUAGUGACGUGAUCAACUCACCAAAUUCAAAGAGGGAGGCAGUGAGCUCUGGCUUUGACAUAUAACUGAAAGGAACAAAAACUCUGAUGGUAUUGCAUACAGCAUGUUGUAGUUAUUUUAUCUUUCCAAUCAAAGUAAUUGAGGGUUACACAACUGCAUGUGUACACAAAUGUGUACCCACAAUGUGUUCUCUGCUCUUCACUCUCAUUCUUAAAUAAAGAUACUGUAUUUAAAUAUCAAAA